UUUAAAUUACAAUCGUGCAUGGCAGACAAUCAAGUUCAAAAUUGGGGAGAUUUAUCAUCCGAUGAAGAAAACGAAAAACCUUAGGUUGAUUCUAAAGCCUAAAAUUAAUAGGGAGCUCAAAACUAGAGAAACAAUUAAUCGUAAUAAGGUGCAUCUGGAAGAUAAUAAAGAUAAAGGCAAGAAUAAACUUAGGGAUAAGACAACUUGAAUUAAGAAGGAGAUGAACAUGAUAACAAUAUUAAUAAUCCUGAAUAAUCGAAUUAAUAGGGGAACUAUAAUUAAAGGAAUAAUCAAUAAAGAAAAGGUAAUAGAGACAACAGAGAUAAGAGAAGCAGAGGAGAUGGCAAUUAUAGAGGAAAUAGAGAUAAUUAGAAGAAUUUUAAAAAUAGAGAUUAUAACUAUAAUGAUAGAUAAGAUAGAAAUGAUAGAAAUGAUAGAUAAGAUAGAUAAGACAGAAAUGAUAGAUAAGACAGAUAAGACAGAAAUGAAAGAAAAUAACAUUAAGACAGAGAUAAUGCUGGUAUUUAUUUUAAAUAAUUACCUAGGUUUAAUCUUGUAAAAGAAGGAACAAUUAAGCAAUUUUAAUGGAGAUAGUAUAAAUAUAUUACUUCAUUAUAAACUUGAUGAAAAUUAAUUAAAAGACACAUUAAAAGACAUUACAAUGAACAACUUUAUUCUCACAGAGGAUCAAACUAAAUUUGAUGUUGAUAAAGAGAAUGCCCUUAAACUUUUAGAAGUUUACAAAUUAUAAAUUGUAUUGCAUCUGUUUUUUAAAUAUUGAUUAGGAAUUAGAUGGUAGAAUCCAAAAACUUUAUAUGAGAAUAGGUUCAGAUCAUCACGAUAAAAACAAUUACGGCAAUAGAGGAGGAUAUCAGAAACAUAAUUACCAAUAAAGAUAAUAACAUAAUGAUAACUAAAAUGAUUUUGGAAACAGAAACAGAGAUGAAAAAUACUAUAACAAAAGGAAUAAUUUUGAACCUACUAAAAUUUCUAGAAACACAUCCUCAAAAGUUGACGAUAAUGUAACAUAUGAUUUAUCUUAUUAGUUAUAAUAAACUGAAUAACAACAAUAGUAAUAAACUGACGCUUAAUAACAAUAAGGAGAUCAUUAAUAAUAGGAAAACCAAAAGUAAGAGAGAAGAGAUGAUAAGACUGCUGGCUAAGAAGAAAACAAUUAAUAACACAUUCCAUAAGAGCAAAACCAAUAAAGAAAUAAUUAUAAGGGGUAUGAUAAUUAAAAUAGAGGCUACAACCAAAAUUAUAAAUAAUACAAUAAACACAAUAACUAUGACAGAGACUAGAAUAAUCAAAAUUAAGAUUAGGAGGGAUAAAAUAGGGAUGAUUAAAAUUAAUUCAGAAAUAACCAUAACAAUUAUUAUAAAGGAAAUAGAGAUAGACAAUAAUAUAGAAAUUAAAACAAUGAUCAUGAUUAAGAUGACUAAAAUAAUAGAGAGGAAAGAGAUAAUCAAAGAGGAGGUCAAAGAAAUUAUUAAAAUAAUAGAGGAAAUUACAGAAACAAUUACAAUAAAAAUAAUAGAGGAAAUGACAAAGAUAAUGAAGCCGAUAAUGAUAAACAUAAUUUUAACAAGAAUAAUAAUGAUGGAAAUAAUAAUAGAAAUUAUUAGAAUAAUGAUCAAGAUAAUAAUAAUAGAAACUCUAAUAAAGAACAUUACAAGUAGAGGAAUUACCAUAAUAGAGAUAAUCAAGGAUAUGAAACCAAAUAAUAGGGAGAGGAAGAGACUUAAAGAAAACAGUUUUACAGAGCCAAUUAACAAGUAAAUAGUUAUUUUAGCAGUAGAAUGAAAUAAAGGAAUUUAAUUUUAGUUCACAUCAUGAUAAGUAAAAGAAAGAAACUUAGAAACCAAUUAAAUCCGCCAACAUGUUCGAUGCAUUAAAGUGAGUGUACAUCAAUAAAUUAAUGUUAUUUGUGUUUUUU